CGACGAGCGCGUGGUGCUUUCUGGGGUUUGCAGUCCCUGCUUGGCUGCGACGCAAUGGUUAAGGAAUGAUGCGGGCGUGCUGGUGUACGGAAGCGAUCAGUGAGACUCCAGCUCUGUAAAGGGCUGUGGAGUAAGCAAGAAUAGCAUCGGCAAAAGUGAAAGUUGAAUUUAGGGGUUAGAGGCUGAGGUGUUUCAGGCCUUGCAGCGGCUGCACAUGACCAUCUUCUCCCAGAGCGUCUCACCCUGUGGGAAGUUCCUGGCAGCUGGCAACAACUAUGGGCAGAUUGCCAUCUUCAGCUUGUCUGCUGCUUUGAGUUCAGAGGCCAAAGAGGAAAGCAAGAGGCCUGUGGUGACCUUCCCAGCCCAUGAUGGGCCUGUCUACAGCAUGGUCUCCACUGAUCGACAUCUACUGAGUGCUGGGGACGGGGAGGUGAAGGCCUGGCUUUGGGCAGAGAUCCUCAAGAAGGGCUGUAAGGAAAUGUGGCGUCGUCAGCCCCCAUACAGGACUAGCCUGGAAGUGCCUGAAAUCAACGCCUUGCUGCUGGUUCCCAAGGAGAAUUCCCUCAUCCUGGCUGGGGGAGACUGUCAACUACACACUAUGGAUCUGGAAACUGGAACCUUCACUCGGGCUCUCCGAGGCCACACAGACUAUAUCCAUUGCCUGGCACUUCGAGAGCGGAGUCCUGAGGUGCUGUCAGGCGGCGAAGAUGGGGCUGUGCGGCUUUGGGACCUCCGCACAGCCAAGGAGGCACAGAUAAUCGAGAUUUAUAAGCAUGAGGAGUGCUCCAGGCCGCACAAUGGGCGCUGGAUUGGAUGCUUGGCAACUGAUUCAGAUUGGAUGUGGCUGGGGACCCGACACCUUUCUGUCCAGGUCUGUGGAGGGGGCCCAGCCCUCACCCUCUGGCACCUGCGGUCCUCCACACCCACCACCAUCUUCCCCAUGCGGGCACCACAGAAGCAUGUCACCUUCUACCAGGACUUGAUUCUGUCAGCUGGCCAGGGUCACUGCAUCAACCAUUGGCAGCUGAGUGGGGAGCUCAAGGCCCAGGUGCCUGGCUCGUCCCCGGGGCUGCUCAGCCUUAGCCUCAACCAGCAGCCAGCCGCACCUGAGUGCAAGGUCCUGACUGCUGCAGGCAACAGCUGCCGGGUGGAUGUCUUCACCAACCUGGGCUACCGAGCCUUCUCCCUCUCCUUCUGACACCUGACCAACACCAUCCCA